AGGGGGAAGAGCAGAGGCACAACAACCACCAGUGCAACCAGCCGCUCUCAACCUCCCCCCUGUGGGUGGCCAUGGCCGCCAGACUCCCUCUCGCCGCGUGCGUCGUCGCCUUCCACCUCUGCCUUCUCCUCUCGCCGUCCACCGCACUCCGCCGGCUCUCGGAAGCGGAGAGCUCGCUAGUCCGCCAUGGCGUGGGCAUCAGGCCCGCCUACCACUUCCUGCCCGCCAAGAACUGGCAGAACGAUCCGAACGGGCCAAUGUACCACAAUGGCGUCUACCACAUGUUCUACCAGUACAAUCCGCUGGGCGCAAUGUGGCAGCCCGGCAACCUCUCAUGGGGUCAUUCCGUCUCCCGCGACCUCGUGAACUGGGACGCUCUUGACACCGCGCUCGACCCCACCGCCCCCUUCGACUAUAAUGGCUGUUGGUCAGGCUCCGCCACAAUCCUCCCAGGCGGCAUCCCGGCCUUGCUGUACACCGGCCGCAUCGACGCCGACAAGGAGGUGCAGGUGCAAAAUGUUGCCUUCCCCAAGAACCCUGCCGACCCGCUCCUCCGCGAGUGGGUCAAGCCUGCCUACAACCCCGUCAUACCACUCCCAGCCGACGUCCCUGGAGACAACUUCCGCGACCCGACCACGGCGUGGGUAGGCCGCGACGGCCUAUGGCGUAUCGCCGUUGCAGCCAAGGUCGGCGGCCCCAAUGGCAUUGCCUCCACGCUCAUCUACCGGAGUAAGGACUUUCGGCACUGGAAGCGGAAUGCCUCGCCAUUGUACACAUCGCGUGCUGCGGGCAUGGUCGAAUGCCCGGACUUAUUCCCGGUGGCGGAGCCUGGCGUGGAGGAGGGGCGACUUGGCUACGCGUCCGGACCAGCGAGCGGUGCUGUGAGGCACGUGCUGAAGUUGAGUGUGAUGAACACAACCCAAGACUACUACGCGGUCGGCAGGUAUGAUGACGUGGCGGACACCUUUGUGCCGGAGGUGGAUGUAGAGCGCAACGCCGACGAUUGCCGGACCUGGCGCCGCUUCGACUACGGGCACGUGUAUGCAUCAAAGUCCUUCUUCGACUCAAGCAAGAACCGGCGCGUGCUAUGGGCAUGGGCCAAUGAGUCCGACAGCCAGGACAACGACAUCGCCAGGGGCUGGUCCGGCGUUCAGACGGUUCCGAGGAAGGUGUGGCUGGACGAAGACGGUAAGCAGGUAAGGCAGUGGCCGAUCGAGGAGAUCGAGACAUUGAGGAGCAAACGAGUUGUCGGCUUGCUAGGAGCGCAGGUGAAUGCCGGUGGCGUGAACAAGAUCACUGGUGUGGGCGCGCAGGCUGACGUGGAGGCCAUCUUCGAGAUCCCAUCCCUAGAAGAGGCUGAGACUUUCCAGCCCAACUGGCUACUGGACCCCCAAAAGCUAUGCGAGGAGAAUGGUGCGUCCGUGCCAGGCAAGGUCGGCCCAUUCGGGCUGCUCGUCAUGGCCUCCAGCAACAUGCAGGAGCACACGGCUAUCUUCUUCAGAGUGUUCAGACACAACCAGAAGUACAAAGUUCUCAUGUGCACCGACCUCACAAGAUCGACUGGGAGGGACAACGUGUACAAGCCGUCAUAUGGAGGGUUUGUGGACAUAGACAUCGAGCAGCAAGGGAGGACCAUAUCUCUUAGAACAUUGAUUGACCAUUCGGUAGUGGAAAGCUUUGGAGGUGGGGGCCGGACAUGCAUCACGGCACGGGUGUACCCUGAGCACGCGGAGAACAAAAAUAGCCAUGUGUUCGUGUUCAAUAAUGGGACCGGACUCGUGAAGGUGUCCAAGCUCGAGGCAUGGAGGCUGGCGAUGGCUUCUGUAAACGUUGUGCAUGGCAGGUGACUCCCUUAAGGUUAAAGUUAAAACCGACUCGGUUCCCAGAGGAACCACGCACUAGUUUAAUAUGUAGAGGUGAGGCUCAAGUCAUGACCGACUAGACCACCACCUCAUGGUGCGAGCCGGUAAGACCCAGGUCAUUUCUCCCUAAAAAGUAAGGGGUUAUUGUAGCAUUUUCAAUGUGAAAAUAAUGCGUGUCAAACAAUUGGGGAGCUUCCAUUCACUCAAGCUAUGUAUAUGUCACUUAUAAAACACCUACUACCUCUGUAAAAACGUCUUAUAUUAUUGUAUGGAGGUAGUACUUUACUA